AUGCACAGAAUGGCCAGACAUCGGCUGAUAACCCUGUUAGGGUUGACCAGCAUUGUGGCCACAAUGGUCACCAUAUCCCGGUACUCAUCGAGUCUAAGCCAAGCAUCGGGUGCUCGGCUAAUGAUAUCACAACAGAAAUUGCUUGAAUACCAGCACCGGCUGCGGCUGAUAGCCAGUGAACAUAACUCUAAUCAAACAAUAAAUAAUUUAUUAGACAAUUUAAUGACUUCUUAUAAUAAACUAUCGGCUGUUAAGUCAACGGCUGAUAGUGUACUCAAUAGUGAUAAUAACAUUAAUAGUGAUACUAAUAUACCGGUGUCUAAACCCAGUAUUAUGGAUACGCAAGUAAUACCUGGUUCAUCGCCAUCACCCCCACCGCCCCCGCAGUUAUCAAGCAUAGGAGUGCAGACGCGUAUUAGCAGCACAUCUCAAGCCUCAGUUCCACUAAUUGGGGACUCAAUGGCCGACUCUAGCGAUUAUGUGCCUUCACUUAAUAAUAACGAUGUGUUGGACAUCAAACCCCUACUGCAACAGUCCGGUCCAUACGAGGCCACAAAAGGGCCGCCGUUGAGCGUAUUGGCCACCGAAAAGCCUACCCCUCUAUUAAAAAAGACGGUCACAAACAGCAGUAAAAGCAAUUUAAUAAAAGACACAAAUGCCGUAAAAAACGAGAUCAACAUUGAUGUGGACGGCCAGGGAGUGGCCAAAGUGGUGGGCGCUGUAAAGGGCGGCACAGAUGUGGCCAGUAAUGAGAAACAGCAACUGAUGGACAGUUUAGAGAAUAACGAAAACGAGAAAAAGUUGACAAAAAUACGAUUUAAACCAAAGCUGGUAUUUGACACCGAAGACCUGUCCACCACUGAACACAUGCUGAUUGACAAACCCCAGGGUUGCGACGAUGACAUGGGCGCAUCCCUCGAUCUCCUCGUUGUAGUCAACUCGGCUGUUGACCACUGGGACGCCCGACAGGCUAUUCGCGACACAUGGGGUCGAUUCGCAGUAGAGAGGGGGGCGUAUGUGCUGUAUCUGUUGGGCAGUUCAGUGGACCCUAACGUACAGUUACGGGUUAUCCAAGAGGAUGAACGUUACGGCGAUGUACUGCAAGGCCAAUAUGUGGACAAUUACUUCAAUCUCACACUUAAGACCAUAUCGAUGAUGAAGUGGUUGACCGACCGGUGCUCUAAAGUGAAGUAUGUGCUCAAAGUGGACGACGAUAUGUUUGUCAAUAUGCAACACAUUACUGAUUUUAGUGAAACCAGAAAUUUCAACAAAUGCAUUAUCGGAAAAUUGGCCAAAAAGUGGAAACCGCACCGAAACACGAACAACAAGUGGUAUGUGCCGUCCCGUGCCUUCAACGGCACUACAUUCCCAACCUUUGCCACCGGACCGGCGUAUAUGAUAUCGGGAGACGCCGCUCAACCCCUAUACGAGACCAGCAUUAAGGAGCGGCCCAUGUAUUUAGAGGACGUGUAUAUGACUGGUAUAGUGGCGGAGAAAGCGGGCAUCCGGCGCCUGAAUCACGCCAUGUUUCGCAACACUCACAUCACAAACAUUGACGAAUGUGUGUUUCGGCGCGUAAUGACCAGUCAUAAGCACACACCACAGGAUAUACGCCGCCUGUGGGCUCUCGUCUACCAACAGCCACAGAAAAUAUGCUCAACGCCCGCACCGCCAAAGACUGUCAAACCCUCGGCCGCCGGCAAUAACGCCGGCGCCGUUAAACCCCCGCAACCGGCGGUUACCGUUGCCAACAAAAACGUAACCAAAUCGCUACCACCGGCUGCCAGUGGUUGACCCAACACAACACCUUAUCAAACAACU